AUGGAGAAGAUCUCGCUCGGCUACCACGCCGUCUACGUUCGAAAUUGGCGGGUGUCGGGGGCGAUUUGGGUGCUGUUUGCCCUGUGUUCAGGUUCAACCCUCUCCUGGUCAUUCCAGCUGGCGUCCGUGCUCGUAAUUGUGGCCACGAUUUGUUCGCUACUCAUCGUGGUCGCCAUCCUGCUCCUCGUGCUGCUACGUGACCGGUUCGUGUUCCUGCUGUGCGCGUGGAUGCACAUGUUUUCCUUUAUGGCGAUGCUCUCUGCCUGCCUCCUUUACCCGAAUGGUUGGGAUCACCCGCGGGUGCGGGAGACCUGCGAUUCGAAGAAGUACGACCUCGGACUCUGCCGGAUACGUUGGCCCUACUACGUCGCCCUGGAACUCGUCGUCGUGCAGCUGUCGAUGAGCAUUUUCGGCUUCGUGCUAGCUUGCAAGCAACCGUCCGUCUUCCCCGAAGUGUCCCCGUCUUACGCACAUUCACAAGUAACGACACUGCCAAUACGCGUCUGCUACGAUGUUGGGACGUACGGUACCCGAAGAGAAUCCAUCUCGUCUCGGAACUCUAAUUCGUCCCGGAUUAGACUG